UGUUAUAAACAUGUAUGUAAACAUGUACUUUAAUAGUUGUAGACUUGGUCUAGGACAUAGUGACUUGGUAAUGUAAUGUCCCAUGAGUAGAAAUCAAGCAACAACAUUAAAUAUGGAUGGUAGGGAUUCCCCGCGAACAGCUUUGGAAUGGAAAAAACUCUACCUUCAAAUGGAAGGAAAAUUGAAACAAUUCAGAGUUCAAGCCACUGGGAUUAGGACCAAAUUAUCCCAGAAGAUGGAGGAACUGACUCUGAAAUUUGAGCAGGCCGAAGCAAGAGCCGCGGACGCCGAGUUUCAGUUGGUUCUUCUUCGUGAGAGCUUGGCUGGAGUGCCAGGAGCCGCAUCCGAGGAGGAUCGGUUCACUACUGAAAAGAUGUCGGAUCUUGAGAAGAGAUGCUUGGAUCAACAGGAGAGAAUAGUUGCUCUUGAAAAAGAGCUAGAGUGUGAGAAAUAUUUGAGGAAAGUCGAGAAAGAAAUGAUCCACGAAAAAGCGUUUAAGAUCAAGGAAUGGGUCAGCUCUGCACUGAGCACGUCGGAAAAGGAGAAAAACCACUUACGGGAGUCAAAUGAGCGACUGAACGCCGCCGUCCAAGCGAUGCAGUUACGGCUGACAGAGCUCCUCGCUAAGCCGGCACCUGCGCCACUCAGCAGCAAACCUCAGCCGGUGGCGAUUAUUCCUUUGCGGGAUUCUGACACCGCCUUCACUUGCGAGACACCUUCCGUCAGCAGCCCAGGAUGGCAGAAUAAUCCAUUGUUCAAGGACCACGAGGACACGUUCGUGAUGGAUGAAGACACGGAACGCGUGACAUCACACACCGAUAUGGAUCUUGAUAAUUCGGAAGAAGUUGAUGACGUCACCAACCUAGCGUGUAACGUAGCUUCAUCUACGUCAUCGCCAAUCCCGAUUCCGUCAAAACCGGUUUCGGAAAGCGUGAGAAUUCCGGAGUCUCCCCGCGCACGGUUUAUUACAACAGAAGCAAGGGCAGUUGUGGUUAAAAGCACCGGAGAUCAUGAAUUGCACGCGAAUAAGGACUCUCCAAAGUCCGGAAAGAAGAAGUCGUCCACUCUUCCAAUGACAAGAUCCAACCUCCCAAAAUCUGACUCCACUGAUUCCUCUCCUCCCAACACGACCCAUCAUCAUUUCAUGGGAACAUUUGGAAGCAUUCGACGGCGGUUCAAAGGACUCACUGAGCAUCAACGACACCGAAGUCAUGAGGACUCCACUCCUUCAAGAGGAAGAGAGAAAAAAGAUAAACAAAGAUCAAAAUCGAAGAGUCCAGCAACAAGAAGCAGCUCUACAUCACGAUUAAGGACCUCUCCCAUCACUGUACCAGGAAUGAGCACCGAUACCUCUCCAGCGCAAGGAGCUCUUCCAGCCAUCCUCCAAGAAGAGGAGGACAUGGUGGUUGAUCCUCCUGGUCCUCCACACUCCCCAACAUCCGCAUCCAUCCUCUCCUCCUCACUCCCACUCCCAAGAUGGAAAGGAGCAAAAAUUCCUCCCACCAUUCCCCAACACCGACUCCCAACUUGGGAAGCAAAGAUUUACAGCAUUGCGGAGAACGGAUUUCGACUUCCAUCAAAUGCUUUCAAUAAACACAAACCGUCGCCGUUUCAACAUGACCAGAAGCCCGGUGUUUUCGCAGAGAUCGUGUACAAGCUUCAACCUGUCACCGUUCCCGUGUACACCAAAACGAAAGGGCGAGCAAUCCUCAUCAAACCGACGCCUUUCACUGACGCGUCCGAUUCCUCCGACGAGGACCCUUCCUCCCUCCCCCGACAGCUUUCGCCUCGCCACCACCCCCCAAUCUCACGCAGCCUUUCCUCGUCAGCUGAAAGCACCAACCCUGGUUCAACUCAACAGAAAAGGAACGGAAGCCCAGCGCAGCUACGCGCAACAAAACGAGCGAAUUCCCAGCAAUCAAUGGCAAGCUCUGAAGGCGAUUACGCAAUCCCACCCGACGCCAUGUCAACCCACCCCUCACUUGAUGCUACUGAUUCCUCCGAACCUGAGCAUAAGUUAUUCAAGACCUCUCCGCACCCUGGACCAAGCGGACCAGUCAAACCCCCUGUAGACACGCAUACGCCUACUGCCUUUAAUGGGAACAAGGCGGGUUAUUUAUCAAAGCUCGGGGGGCGAGUCCGGGCCUGGAAAAAGCGGUGGUUUGUCCUACAGCAAGACGCUCUUGUUUAUUAUAAGUCCCCGGGGGACGUUGGCAAGAAACCGCAAGGACAAAUUUCACUAACGGCGCUAGAGAACGGCGAGGUUGCCAAGGCGACGCGAGAUUAUCAAACCAACUGUACUUUCCAUAUUGUGGCCGAAAAACGAACUUAUUAUUUCAUAGCUGACUCACAAACUGUGGCGGAUGAUUGGGUAAAAGCAAUCUGUGACGUCGCGCAAGGAAGUCGUUCCCACAAACCCCAUCGUGACAUCACAACCGUAUCCGGUUGGUUGAAACGAACGAUCGGUGGCAACAGCUGUAGGGUGUGGGCGCGAUUCAACAACGGUGUGGUCGAAUGUUAUGCGGACAAGCAAACUCAGACCUCCAUGAUGCGAUUAUCGUUACGUGGGUGCGAGGUGGAAGACGUCCAACUAAAAGUUAAUCCAGGUCACAACCGAUCAAACUCUCCGCCCCCUGCUUUUGAACACGUGAUCGUCGUUCGUCCAAUCAGCGACGGAGAACAAGACGUAUUUUUCUCGUUCGACAAUGAGGCUGAAAAAGCCGCGUGGUUUCGAGCUAUGACGUCAUCGGUGCGUACGUCAUCAGAGAACCAAAAGACCCCAGCCACGGAGGUGGAACGCUUGUUUGUUAGACUUCUACAGAGCGAACCCAAGCAAGGGGGGAAGAACGCCACACAACAAGCGCAUACUUCGAUAUGGAGGAAUCCUGUGCUCUGUUAUAACAAGCAAGGCCUCUCUCGUCCUUUAACUACUUUGUCGUCGGAAGCUUUGCAAACUGAAGCCAUGAAGAUUGCAAAAUCCAUUCAACUUUUUACGAACGUGUCUCUUGACGUCGCUUCCGCCGAUUAUCACGUGACUUUGGUGCAGCGCGUUGCUCACUCAUGCUUGACGCACGUCGAGUUGCGAAACGAAGUCUACGCCCAACUGAUCAAAGUUACAAACCGACGCGACUCCGAGGUCGACGACGCUUCCUACUUACAAGCGUGGAAGUUAUUCUCUUUGAUUCUCCCACUCUUCCUCCCUGGGAGGAGCAUCUUAUGGUGUCUGGGAGCACACUUGAAGCGCCACUCUACCACCAAAACCGAAGCUGGCCAAUACGUAAUAUAUUGUCAACGAGCAUUGGAACGUACCAAGUCAUUGGGCGAGCGCAUGGUGGCUCCUUCGAAAACUGAGUGUCUCUCUAUCUUACUACAGAACCCUUACCACCAUUCGCUACCGUUUAGUGUUCCCGUGCAUUUUUCUGAUACUUCCUACCAGGUUGUUAGCUUUGAUGGUUCAACGACAGUUAGCGAGUUUACUACUCGCGUCUCCACCCAGCUCGGCAUACGUCAUCAAACGAUCGCCGGUUUUGCGCUCUACGUCGACGAUCCUGACGUCACAAUGCAGAUCGAGCAUUGCAUCGAACCCUCGGUGAAGAUUUGUGACGUCAUUUCGAUUUGGGAAACUGUCUCUCGUCUUGGGGCAGUCACGAGCAAGGGGGUUCCCCCAACACCCCAGGACCCCAGUUUCGACAUUACACGUCACAGUGCUAGGUUUACAUAUCGACGACGCCUCACUUUUCAAUCUUACACAAGAAUGGAAUCUGACAAAGAGAAGAAACUCAUCGCUUACCAGUUGGGUGAGAACAUAUCACGUGACAUGGUACCCAUCUCACGAGAGUUGUCGAUCGAAGCGACACCAUUGGCUGCCAAGUUUUAUCUAGGCGACCAAUCACGUACUGCCCCUGGAUCGUUAGACCAUGUGAUGAAGAUGUUUCAUCCUCACAGAUACCAGGAGGGAGGGAGUAAACACCAGCAGAAGUUGAUCAGGGAAAGAAUAAACGACCGGUGGGUGGCGCUAGAGGGUUCCACACCGUUGGACUGCACAAAAAUAUUUCUCAACGUACUUCGGAAGUAUCCACUAUGUGGCGCUGCACUGUUUCUUGCAAAGGUUGAAACGCCAGGAAAACAAAAAGGAGAAAUAGUCUGGUUAGCCGUAACUGAAGACGCCUUCCACGUUUUAAGCUACAAGUCCAUGGAAGUUAAAGACCUUUGUCGACUCCCUGACGUUGUAACUUUCGGUGGUUGCCGUGACAACCUGAUGGUGGUAUCCGAGAUGGCGGGUGUCACUAGAAAGUUAUUCUUCCACCUCCCAAUAUUGCAGAUGCUGGAAUUAGUGAGAUUACUCGCCGACUACAUGAAUGCUGCUCCUCUCAACUUACGCCCGAAUAUUACGUCACCGUGACGUCACAAUCACGUCAUCAUCAUUCCAACACACGCAUGACCGAGUGUUCGUUAAAGCCAUUCCUGUUGUUUACCUACACUCCCCCCUCGUCCACACACCACAACUGCAACGUCAACAGCAUGCUUCUCAGUUUUUAAUUUUAACAUUGCCCUUAAACAUAACCACGUACACAUAGUUUCAUUUAAAACGAACAAUAUAGACCACAAUUGAUAUGCUUGUUAUUUUAAAGUCACAAUUGAUAUGCUUGUUAUUUUAAUUAACGCACUGCUACGCUACGAACUGUAUGACUUGAGAUUUGUUUCUUUGUUCGCUAUUAUAUAAUUCUCGUUCUGUGUCGUAUCUUUGACAUUAAACGUAUUUUCUUCUGGGAAA